CCUGAGUUGUGCAGCGAGUCAUGGUGAGUAGGGAAAAAGGGACUUGAAACUAGGGCAGAGCAGUCUGGCCCCUUUCCCUUCGAACCAGAGUCACAGAGAGAAGAGACUAGUCUUAGGCGGAGAGAGAAAAGAGAAGACACUUUGUAGGAAGCUUGCUGCAGACACUGAGGAAACAAGCCCCUGGGACACAGACCAGUGUGUCCACAUUGCAGAACAUCCAAUUUUAUAGAUUUUUUUUUUCAUUAUAUCAGGGGAAGAAUAUUCGCUGAACAGAAAUCUCAUCAUCUGGAAACAUGCACAAACGCACUAAGAUAAAGAUUGCCAUCUUCGUGCUGCUGGUGGGUAUGGCUUGCAUGUUCACUGCGGUGGUAACGGACCACUGGGCAGUGCUCAGCCCUCCGGUGCAUAAACUCAAUGAGACCUGUGAGGCGGCCCACUUCGGCCUGUGGAGGCUGUGCAAGAAACACAUCUACAUCAGCUCGGAAAACUACGAGGAGGGGCGCGGCUGCGGACCCAUCAGCCUGCCUGGAGAGGAAAACUGCACUUAUUUCAGACACUUCACUCCAGGGGAGGAUGCUGAGAUAUUUGAAUAUAAAACACAAAAAGAGUACAACAUCUCUGCUGCAGCCAUCUCCAUCUUCAGUCUGGCCUUCAUGAUCCUGGGGACUCUGUGUUUGAUUGGAUCAUGUUCUGGCAAAGGAAAAGGAAGAGACUACCUCCUCAAACCUGCUGGCAUGUUUUUUGCAUUUGCAGGCCUCUGUGCCUUCGUCUCCCUGGAGGUGAUGCGGCAAUCAGUCAAACGCAUGAUUGAGAGCGAAGAAACAAUCUGGAUCAAAUACAACUACGCCUGGUCCUUCGCUUGCGCCUGCGCCGGCUUCGUCCUCCUCUUUCUCACUGGCAUCAGCCUCCUGAUCCUCUCCAUGCCCCAGAUGCCCAGGAAUCCAUGGGAGACUUGCAUGGACGCCGAGCCAGAGCAAGUGGAGUGAAGAGCUAGACAGACAGAAGAAAUCGCAAUGAGAGUGGACUGUGUCUUUUGUUUUGAGUACAGAUGCCAGAUUGAUUUCAAGAAGAGCUGGUGAUAAAAGGGUAAGAUCACCAAGAGAGAAACCACUUUGGAUGAAGGUGGACCAUGGGCAUGGUGGGAAACUUACCUUCCAACAAUUGUACUACAACUUGAAUAUUUGCUUUUUUAUCCUGUAUACCCACCCAGAGUGUACAACAUCGCAGUCCUGUCUGACUCCAACUUCAUAGAUAGGGAUCAUAUUGGAGACCAGAGCCCAUAUCUGACCUAAGAUCUAAAAAUUCUACUUCUUAGUCAGGCCCAAAACCAUUUCUUAGUAAGCACUGGGAAUAUGCUCUGGACAUAUAAAUCAAAUUAUCAAAUUGACAAACAUUUCAGACCCAUUUACAUUUUGAGAAUAUAGUGCUUAGAGUUAAGACACCUACAGCAGGCGACUGUGAUUUUAUGGACUGCAUUAUGUUUGAUAUCUUGUACGUAUCUAAUGUUUGUCUGUUCAUUUUUGUUUGGGAUCACUCAACAAAUCACGUAAAAGAUGAAUGAGUUGAGACAAAUGUUGAGCUGUACAUUUCAAAGAUUUAGAAAGAACCUUUACAUAUAAAGCACGGCCCCAACCGCUGACUCAAGCAAAGCAGUCGUACAGAGCAGGCUUGUGUGUGUGUGUGUGUGUGUGUGUGUGUGUGUGCAUGUGACGGACUGAAUGCUAAACACCCACACAGUCUGCAGCACUGAUCGUGUUGGAAAAGGUUCAGUUCUAGCAGGUGCACAUACAAGGCCAUUUACUUUUUUUGUUGACAAACCAAACUGAUACAAAAAAUUCUCUGUUCAUGUUUUUUUUUUUCCAUGCGUCAUCAUGACCCAUUUAGAACAGCAGUGUGCAUUUACAAUUUUCUCUGAACAAGCCCACAGAGAUCAUAAAAACACAUGAGGGUUCAUGAUCGGUACUUGUCAACCUUUAACUCUUUCACAUGCUGUUUCAGAAUGAACUGCCAUUAGCCAGUCGAAUCACGCAAACACAAAACAAAAAGCAGACAGGACAGGAUUUUGUUAGCCAGCUGCAAGCAGCACAUCAAGUAUUUUUGGUUAACUCACAUUUUGAGAAUACAUUUUACAUGUAAUCAUUUACAGUAUGAAUGACAAUAUUGGUUGGUUAUAAAACCAGUGAGCAAAGAGAAAAUGUGUGCAGGUGUUGUAAGCCCAACUUCAAUCAGCUUUGUGUUGUGAGAAAGAGGAACUUCUAUGAUUUAUCUGCUUCACACCAUAUACCAUAAUAUACACCUUUUUCAAAGUAAGAGCCAGUGGUGGUAGAAGUACUCAAAUGUUUUACUGAAGUAAAAGGAAUAAUACCACAAUACCUGUUACGAGAAAUGUCCUGCAUUCAAAGUUUUACUUAAGUAAACGCACACUGACACUCCCACUCACAUACGAAGAUGCCAUGAACAAAAUAUACGAUUAAGUACCAAAAGUAAACGUACUCAUUAUGCAGUUUAUCAUUUGAUGUUAUAAAUGUGUUAACCUGCUGAUUUGACAUUCGACUUACUUUCCUGAUAUUUUUGACUCAGAGAUAAGUGAAACAAAACAAACAAUAAAAUCAAACAUUAGAUAGAUAUAUAGAUACUUUAUUGAUCCCGAGGGAAAUUCAAGACAGACAGAAGAAUAUAAAACCAUCAGUAGUAGUGGUAACUGCUGACAUGAUUUUGUUAUGUUUUUGUCUUGUUCAUUGAAUAUGGCAAGGACUUAAACAAGAUUUUGAAAGCAGUGGAUUCUGUGUGUGUUCAUGUGCUAUAACUUUGUAAUGAAAAUUAAACCUUGAUAAGCUCUGGAAAA